UGUUUUAAUUUAGGAUGAAAUGUUCGACCUUUGAAGGCACAGUUUAUUUGCAUAUUUAUAAUUUGGUUGAAGUCAUUGUUAGAAUAAUUGCUUAUUUUCUUAGGUGCUAUAGUUUCUACAGGUGAUAACCUUUACCCAGAGUAUUCAGGAACAAGGGAUCUUGGAACAUAUGGCCAGCUGAAGACCACUCGGCAUCUGUUUUGAAGGGAGGAAGGGUGAGAGGGGAACCUGGCUGUGGAACCUUGGUCCAGGGAAUGGAGAGGCUCGGCACAUCCUGGAGAAGGGAGAGGACCAGAGACGUUAGAGAGGGGCUUGGGCUGCCCGCACAACUGGGCUAUGUCUCCUGAGCCUGGUCUUCUGUCUCGGGCAGCGCUGGUGGAGGCCGCCUUCAGACCUGCCCCUUCAGCCAGGCCAGGGCUGAGUCAGCCUUUGAGAGGGGAAGACAUUGUUCUUUGCUCCAGCUCUGUAUUCUUGGUUGCCUUUCCUAAAUGCAGAACCUAGACUAAGACGGAAGAGAGAGUAAAUACUAUUCUACAAGUGAUGAGAAGCUGGGGCGCCGGGGGGAGGCCCUGGGUGUGGCCCAGAUUGAAAGGGGGGGCAUUGCCAGACCCUGAGAUGAGGCUCUCAGAUCGUUCAUUUGAUUUGUUUCGUUUUAAGCCCCCAAGUCUCUGUGUAGAAUCAGUAGAAAAGUGGGUAGAACUGGAAAGAGUUGGUCAGAGAUGGACUUGACUGGUAACCCUUGGAGAAAAACAAAAUCCUAAUGUGUGAAAAAUGGCGCCUUGUAUGUACAUCUCAAAAGGUCAUAAAGUUGGUGUGGAUGACUGCAGCUCAGAGUCUGAUGUGAUUGUUGUACCUUCAGCCCUGGACUUUGUCUCACAAGAUGACAUGUUGACGCCCCUGGGGAGACUGGACAAGUAUGCUGCGAGUGAGAACGUAUUUAACAGACAAAUGGUGGCCCGGAGUCUGCUGGACACACUGAGGGAAGUCUGCGAUGAUGAGAGAGAUUGUAUUGCUGUUUUGGAAAGAAUUAGCAGAUUAGCUGAUGAUUCAGAACCAACUGUGAGAGCAGAGCUGAUGGAGCAGGUUCCUCACAUCGCCUUGUUUUGUCAAGAAAACCGGCCUGCGAUCCCGUAUGCUUUUUCCAAGUACUUGCUACCCAUUGUGGUUAGAUAUCUCGCAGAUCAGAAUAACCAGGUCAGGAAAACGAGUCAGGCGGCCUUGCUGGCCCUGCUGGAGCAGGAGUUAAUUGAGCGGUUUGAUGUGGAGACCAAAGUGUGCCCCGUCCUCGUAGAGCUGACCGCCCCCGACAGCAAUGACGACGUGAAGACAGAAGCUGUGGCUAUAAUGUGCAAAAUGGCUCCCAUGGUCGGGAAGGACAUCACAGAGCGUCUUAUCCUCCCUAGGUUUUGUGAGAUGUGCUGUGAUUGCAGAAUGUUUCAUGUUCGAAAGGUCUGUGCUGCCAAUUUUGGAGAUAUUUGCAGCGUAGUUGGCCAGCAAGCUACUGAGGAAAUGUUGCUGCCCAGGUUUUUCCAGCUUUGUUCCGAUAACGUGUGGGGAGUCCGCAAGGCCUGUGCUGAGUGCUUCAUGGCAGUUUCUUGUGCAACAUGUCAAGAAAUUCGACGGACUAAAUUAUCAGCACUAUUUAUUAAUUUGAUCAGUGAUCCUUCACGUUGGGUUCGGCAAGCAGCUUUUCAGUCUCUGGGACCUUUCAUAUCUACUUUUGCUAAUCCAUCUAGCUCAGGCCAGUAUUUUAAAGAAGAAAACAAAAGUUCAGAAGAUACAUCAGUAGAAGACAAAAAUAGGACCAGAGAUGAAGAAGUCCCAGAGGAUGCACAGAUCAGGCCAGAGGAUGUUCCUACAGACCCCACUGUUAGUAAUUCCAGUGUCAAACUGGAAGGUGCGCCAGACCCAGACAUCGGUGCUGAAAGCCCUAGGAAGCCUCCAGGGGACAGCUCAUUACCUUGUCCUUUGUCCUCAGAGCCUCAUCAGGAGGCAGCUAGUAAUGAGGAUGAUAAAAAGCCCGGCACCUGCAGGUCUGCCUCUCGGUUGGAGGUGGGCGCCAGUGCGCAGGACUCAGCUCCCCUAGAUCAGGAGUUGUACAACUCCUUCCACUUCUGGAGGACUCCUCUUCCCGAAAUAGAUCUAGAUGUGGAGCUGGAGCAGGGCUCUGGGAACAAACUCGGCCCCGAGGGGCUGGAGGGAAUGCCUGAAGCCACCGCCCCGGCUUCUGCAAACAUCACCAUGGCCACCAGAAAGGAACUGGAAGAGAUGAUAGAAAACCUGGAGCCACACAUUGAUGAUCCCGACGUGAAAGCACAGGUGGACGUGCUGGCCGCCGCCCUGCGCGCCUCCAGCCUGGACGCCUGCGACGAGGCCAGCGAGGCUGCCCGGAGGGCCCCGCAGGAUGAGCUCCCUGGCUGCAGACUUGACCACGGCACCGCCGGGCCUUUGAUGAGCGAGGCCGUCGAGAAUAUGGAGUCCGCCCUUCGCUAUAUUCAUGAUGAUUCAGACUCGGGCACCAGUGGUGGUUUUAGCCCCGAUGAGGAAAGGAGAGCUAAAGUGCAGGACGUUGUGCCCCAGGCCCUGCUGGAUCAGUAUCUCUCCAUGACCGACCCCUCCCGGGCGCAGACAGUGGACACGGAGAUCGCCAAGCACUGCGCCUACAGCCUGCCGGGCGUGGCACUGACACUGGGCCGGCAGAACUGGCAUUGCCUGCGUGAGACCUACGAGACGCUGGCCUCCGACAUGCAGUGGAAAGUUCGAAGGACCUUAGCCUUCUCCAUCCACGAACUUGCAGUCAUCCUUGGAGAUCAGUUGACAGCUGCAGAUCUGGUUCCAAUUUUUAAUGGAUUUUUAAAAGACCUCGAUGAAGUCAGGAUAGGUGUCCUUAAACACUUGCAUGAUUUUCUGAAGCUUCUUCAUAUUGACAAAAGAAGAGAAUAUCUUUAUCAACUUCAGGAGUUUUUGGUGACAGACAAUAGUAGAAAUUGGCGCUUUCGAGCUGAACUGGCUGAACAGCUGAUCUUACUUCUAGAGUUAUACAGCCCCAGAGACAUUUAUGACUAUUUACGCCCCAUUGCUCUGAAUCUGUGUGCAGAUAAAGUUUCUUCUGUUCGUUGGAUUUCCUACAAGUUGGUUGGCGAGAUGGUGCGGAAGCUGCACCGGGCUGCGCCGCCCACCUUCGGGGUGGACCUCAUCCGCGAGCUGGUGGAGAGCUUCGGCCGAUGUCCCCGGUGGUCCGGGCGGCAGGCCUUCGUCUUUGUCUGCCAGACUGUCAUUGAAGAUGAAUGCCUGCCCAUGGACCAGUUCGCUAUGCAUCUGAUGCCACACCUGCUCACCUUGGCAAACGAUAGGGUUCCGAAUGUCCGCGUACUCCUCGCGAAGACACUGCGACAGACUCUGCUAGAAAAAGAGUAUUUUCUAACCUCUGCCAGCUGUCACCAGGAGGCCGUGGAGCAGACCAUCAUGGCUCUUCAGAUGGACCGUGACAGUGACGUCAAGUACUUCGCAAGCAUCCACCCAGCCAGCACCAAGAUCUCCGAAGAUGCCAUGAGCACGGCCUCCUCCACCUACUAGACAGCGUGGACCGGGGUCUCCCCGCUUCCGGGGAGCCAAGGUUCAGCUCGUGACCACACGUGGCCUGGGACAGCUGUGGGGGACCUUCCUCCCUUGCAGACUUGAUUGCAGGUGCAAGUUGCCUACACCGAUACCAGGGAUUUUCAGAGUCAAGAGAAAGUACAGUAAACACUAUUGUCUUGACUUGAAGGGAAAAUAAUUUCUCAGAGGAUUAUAAUCGUCACCGAAGCCUUAAAUCCUUCUGUCUUCCUGACUGAACGAAACUUGAAUUGGCCUAGCAUUCUCCUUGUGGAAGGGAUGGGACUCCCAGAGGCCUGCGUUGCUUUCUGCUGGUUUAAUUUAAUGACUGAGAGGUGGAAGUGCAGCCAGAAGGCGGCCGCGAGCCGGGAUGGGGAAGAGACCUCCAGUAUUAACCCUCGCUGUGUCCACACGGGCAAGGCCCUGGUGGGGUGUGAGGCCAGCUGCCCAGUCCAGCCCCACGUGUGAAUAGUUUUUGACGUGUGUGAACGGGAAAGGAGAUAUUUUUUGGAUUUCUCCUAAGGGCUUGAUGCUAACACUAAGUAGAGUCUGAUUUUAACUCUUAAAUGCAGCAUAUUGCUGUGCACAUUUACAGAGCCUUUGCUGAGUAUCUAUGUCCUGAUUUAUUUUCAUGCUGGUCAUGACCUGAAGGAAAUUUAUUAGCACGUAUACUGUAUGUCAGGUGUUUUUGACUUGAUCAUGAUCAGCUCUGAGGUGCAACUUUGUCUCACAUACUGUACAUACCUGUGCCUCCCCUGGGGAGGGCCGCAGUCUGUAAUCAUGCUGUUCAACUCUUGUGCACAAGUUCUCUUGUUCAAAUAAAAUUUAUUACUAAGAUCUAUACAGAGAGAUAGAUACACUUUUGACUGUUUUCUAGAUAUCUGCGAAUAAAUGCAAUUUGUGACCUGUA